AUGGAAGCUGGAGACACGGUCUAUGUACGCGCAAACUGUCUGCGAGAGCAAUCGGUCUUCCCCAGCACGACUAUGCCUAAGACCGAGGUGCAAAUCGAUUGGGAGACGGCACCGGCCCAUGAGGGACACGCGUUGGAUGCAGCACCGGCUUUUCCUUCAGAUGGUCGACAACAGUGUACAUAUAGUGGUUUCGGCCAGACUUUUACACCAAGGAUUGACGUUGAAGUGAGCGAAAAUAAUCAAUCGAGAUCGGGCGUGUCUUUUUGUACGGACGAUAACGUGAACUUCCCACUUCAGAAUCGAAGCAGUCAACGAAGAAUAGUGGCUGUCGUCGAGCCCGAUAGUGAUUUGGACGAGCAGGCCGCGAAGUACUGGAUUGAGCCUAAGGAACGCAACGGAGCGGACGCCGUUUCUACGCACGCAUUCCAAGAGCAGCAACAUUUGCAAAUCUCACCAACGGCGCCGGCUGUUCCUCCGGAGAAUAGGUUUCAACAGUCGUUCAACGUCUUUGCGGCGGAACCUCAGCAGAGUGUGGAUGCAAGGUCUUCUGCUCGUGGCGGCCAGCCGUCGUCGCAAGUUCCCUUUUCGGGAGGCGAGAACCCACCAACAGCUACUCCAAACUGGUUACAAUGCGUUGAGCAGGAAACUCGGGCGGGUGUGGCUGAAGGAGUGCAAGCUCAAAUUCCAAUGUUGCCAAACAGACCUUCCCUACACGCUGAAAUAGCGAUUGGCGUUGACAUGAGUGCAACGUCCUUCGUAUCUGAAAUACAACCGCUAGCUGAGGCGCGACAAAACGCCGGAGAAAACACCUUUGGCGAGUCUACACUUGACGACCACGUCAACAUUCACGAAGUUUCGUUGCAACCAACAUCGCCUAUGCGACCUUGCACAACAUCAACUCCGGAUGGACAAGAUCUCGAGGCUGCGCUGAGUUCGCCGUUGGAGCCGAACAUCAGGCCGGAAGUGAAGUCUUGGAUGCAGUUCGUGCCGCCGAAGCUAAGGCCCGAGGAUCGCGUCUUUUUGUCGGCUGAGGAGUAUGGAGCGGUGCCUGAAGAGAUACUCGCCGGUCACCUGACUAAUUAUAAAAGAAAAUCGCCGGAGUUCGAGAACCAGAACGUCCCUUCGGUUGAGCUUUCUUCGAAGAACCUUACAACCCUCGAUGACGUCCUAAAUGCUGCGGUACGAAACUCUGGUGACGGCGCAAGACUUCACUCCUUCGCCGACUGCGGUAACAUGGGCAAAGCAUUUUGGAACCAUCUUCGCCAAUAUUCCCAUGACCCAUCACCAACUGAUGUUCAAAAGUUGUCUUAUCCGGUUCUAAAAGAGAAGCGAAGCGCCUGCAUUUGUGCUCCGAUUUGUAGUGGGAAGACUGUCGGCGUGUUGCUCCCGAUCCUGGAGGCAAUAGCUAAUCACAAAAAUCCGUUGUGUAUUUUUCUCGUGGAUACGUGCGACCAUGGCGAGAGGUUGCUCAAGAUUCUCAAGGACAUAAUCAAGAAUUUCGAAACUGAAAAAGCUCCGCUCUCGAUUGGCUACUUCAUCGGAGACGAGAGUCACUCGGAUGCAGCACAACAGCUCGAAGAACGGAUCGCUUGCGACAUUGCCUUGAUUUCGCCAGAGAAGCUAUUCAACAUUUUCGAAGGACGCGCUACGAUGGAUCUCAUCGAUCUUCAAUACAUCGUGUUGGAUGAAGCAGACGAGUUUUUCUCGAUGGGGCAUCACGUGGAAGAGAUGGGCCUCCUCAACAAAGAGCUCCAGCGCUGCCGGCAGCUCAAGGGUGAUAACUACCUGCCUUGCCUUGCCCUUACGACUACCACGCCCUGUAAGGCUGACAACGAUCUUCGUAGGGCGUGCAUUAGGAUCUCUUGCCCUGAUGAACAGCGGGACCGAAAUUUGCGGUUGAUUGCUUCCGCCGAGGUUGCGGUCAUCGUCUCGACGUAUUCAAUGGCCCGCGGGAUUGAAAGUGCCCGUUUCAACCACGUGAUCCUCUAUGAUGAGCCAGACUGCCAUUGGAACUCCUACAACCAUCUCUUGAAGGCGUUUGGAAGUUGCGACACCACCGGAAGAGUGUCCAUUUUUUACGAUCCAUCGGGCGAUGACGGCCUAGGAAAAUGGAAAAUGCUUUACCGGAAGUUAUGUACAUAUGGCCAAAAAGUUCCACGGGUCCUCCACGAGCGCUAUUUUGAACCGAAAUUUGAGAUGGCCGAAGAACAGCAGAAACCGAGGCGCGCCAACGAUCCGGAUCAAAUAACAGAAGACGAGGCCGAUUAUUCGGAAUCUAGCAACGAACUGAAU